GGGAGGCAGGCAGGUUCUUCUUCUCGAGUUCUACUCACCGACCUCGUACAGAUAGAUAGCUGUGUAUAAUUUCAUGAUCUAAUAGGGGGGGAAUACGGAGAAACCCUAAAAGUCAAUCUUCUUUCUUUGUUCCAGAAUAAUAAUACUAGUAGUCUUUAGGACAAUCCUCGUGAUCGGUGUGAGAUUCCAGACCCCAAAUCCACGGUCUCCCCCUCUCGCUUUCCUUCCCUCUCCGCUUUCGCAAGAGCGCAAAAGAGAAGAGAAGAGAAGAGAAGAAGAGAGGGAGGAUUAAGAGCAACGAAUAGAUACUAGUGUAUUAUUGAGAUAUAAGAAGGAUGGACGACAGCUGUGCAGUGUGCGCCGAGAGCCUGGAAUGGGUGGCCUACGGAGCAUGCGGACACAAGGAUGUGUGCUCGACCUGCGUUGUUCGCCUGCGCUUCAUCUGCCACGAUCGCCGCUGCUGUAUUUGCAAGACCACCUCCGAUUUCAUCUUCGUCACCAAGGCUUUGGGAGAUUAUACUCGGAUGAUCAGCGACUUUUCAGCCUUUCCUUCUGAACCGAAGGAGGGUCGACUUGGCUCCUUUUGGUACCACGAGGACACCCAGGCUUUCUUCGAUGAUGUGGACCACUAUAAGAUGAUCAAGGCCAUGUGCAGGCUUUCUUGCAGCGUCUGUGAUGCCAAAAUGUUGGACGAGUUGCCCAACAAUGACGCAUCCAGGAGAAGGCCUAGAUUUCGGAGUAUUGAACAGCUUAAGGGCCAUCUGUUUCACCAGCAUAGGUUGGUUAUGUGCAGCUUGUGUUUAGAAGGAAGGAAGGUGUUUAUUUGUGAGCAAAAACUAUAUACUAGAGCACAACUGGAUCAGCAUAUAAGCACUGGUGAUUCUGAGGUGGAUGGAAGUGAAAGUGAAAGAGGUGGAUUCAUGGGGCAUCCAAUGUGUGAAUUCUGUCGAACUCCGUUCUAUGGAGAUAAUGAGUUGUAUUCACACAUGUCUACUGAACACUAUACCUGUCAUAUUUGUCAAAGGCAGCAUCCUGGACAAUAUGAAUACUACAAGAAUUACGAUGAUUUGGAGAUCCAUUUCCGUCGGGAUCAUUUCUUGUGUGAGGAUGAAGCCUGCCUUGCUAAAAAAUUUAUUGUCUUUCAAUCUGAAGCUGAACUGAAGAGGCACAACACAUUAGAGCAUGGAGGACGUAUGUCUCGUUCCAAGCGUAAUGCUGCACUUCAGUUGCCAACUAGUUUUCGAUAUCGACGGAGUAAUGAACAGGAGAAUCGUCGUGGAAGGGGGCGUACAUUUCGGCGUGAUACUUCUGAAACUGACCUCUCUUUGGCCAUCCAAGCCAGUCUCGAAGCAUCUAAUUUGGAUGGCAGAAUUCCAAAUGCUACAUCGUCCAGCGGGAGGGCAUCUGCUUCAGGAGAAAUAAGUGAUGUUGAUCCACUUAUUUCACCUCUAGAAUCAUUAGCUACGACAGAUUCUGAGCAAUCUUCACGAUAUCGUGAGGCCUUGUCGCAGAACUCUGGGAAUGCACCACUUGAAGAGUCUUCAUUUCCUCCCCUUCCCAUGGCUCCUGGUAGCAGUCAGCUGAAGUCGCAACAAGAUGCUUCAGUGAAGAAAAGUAUGGCAGCCCAUCUACGGGUUAAGAACUUAACAAAACCAAGCUUUCCAAGGUCAUCACCAGCUUGGCCAAUGGCACGGAGUAAACCUGUAUCAGCAGCAGUUUCUCCACAGCUUACUCCAAAUACUGCACCUGGGUUAGCCUCUAGUUCUGGCCUUAAUAAGCUGGCUGCAGAUGAUGGUCGUGCAUUGUCCAGCUCUUCUAAUCCUGUUCAGGCACGACCUGCAUCCAGUCAUGAUUCAUCAUAUUCUCAUUCUUAUUCGCAAUCACCAGCUCAGCAAGUUUGGCCUACAUUAAAUAAUUCCUCUGGAUCAUCAUCUUCCAUAGGCCAAAGUAAGCCAGCCACAGAAAAUGGACCUUCAUUAUCUACCUAUUCAAGCUCUCUUAUGGCUCGACCUCCAAUGGCUAGUGACACAUAUUCAUCAAAGAAUAGGGGCAGCUCCGGUAAAAUUAGUUAUUCAGCGUCAGCACCAAACCUUGUUCAUAGUGGAGCUUUUGACUCUCUAGCUACUGAUUUUCCUCCAGUUUCGGCCACGCAGGUAGGGAAGUUGCCCACUGGUAGCCAAGUCAUCACCAAUGUAGAAGAUAUUCAUAGUGCAAACAAAUCUUUAGUGGAAAGGAUACGCGUUGCUUUGGACUUCAAUCAGGACAAAUUCUCUGCUUUCAAAGACUUAUCUGCAGAAUAUCGUCAAGGCUUAAUAGAUGGAGAGACAUAUCUUGUAUAUGUGGAGCAGUUUGGCUUGUCACAUCUUCUUGUUGAGUUGGCUCAACUCUGUCCAGAUACUCGCAAGCAGAAAGAGUUGAUUGAGACAUACAAUACUAAUAUGGUAAGUGAUUCCACAAAAGAGAACAGAAGAAGUGCCUUCCAUCCCAAAGACGUUAAUCGUUCAAAGAAAGGAAAAGAUAAGGCUGUCGAUGCUGGAAAUAAUACUGCAAAGGAUAAUUUAGCUGACAGCAUCAUCAGUACAGUACGGGAACUUCAGUCAAGCUACAAGCCUUCAGAAGAAGUUGAAGUGUUAUCAAAGGAUGGUUAUCGAGCUGCCAAGGGAAAAUCAAAAAUAGCAGUUGAUGAAUCUCAAGGACAACUAUCUUCAACUGGUGAAUCUGCUAUUCUCAAGGGCCAAACUGACUUGUCUGGAUCUAUUCAAAAAAAAGUGGAAAAAGAUGGAAGAAGUAAACAACGGAAGAAAACAUCAAAGUUCCACAGGAUCCGCUUAGGCGAUGGCUCUGCAGCAGCAAUUUUGGACCUUAAAAAUCCAAAUUCUGAUCAAGAUCCAGAUCCAGAUUUGUCUGAGGCUGCUUCAGGAGGGCAAAAUCAUUUUACUGAAGGUGUGCCUGGUCGGGGUGUUUGGCGUGACGGUGGUGGACAGAAGCUUUUUACAAUGACUUCAAGACAGCCGAAGAAAUAAUGAAAAGGAGGUAGCUGCUGAUGAUUCAGUUGAAAUUUAGUUGUGGAGAACUGAAUCUAUGAUUAAUUUCCUUUUGAUAUGAUAUGUGCUGGGAUUCUAUACAGAUAUCUAGGGCAUUUUAUGCAGCAUUUCAAUGAUACAUGGUAACAGUUUUUUUUGGGGAGCGAGUGAGUUCUUCAAUCAGAUUUUGCAUGUUUGGGUUAUUAUAGGUACAUUUUCUUGCCCCUUUUUAAGUUCCAGGAGAGAGUGUAUCAUGUUCUCAGUUGCUUGCAAUUUUGCCUCAAACCUUGUAGUGGGGUGCAGCUGAAGUGUAUUUGGCAAGUAACAAACAUGGUGAUUUUCUGAAUUGUAUAGGCAAAUUGGAACCUCAUUUUAAAGAUUUUCUUUUUGUGAAAUGAAUUUGGGUAGCUUACUUGUUGCGCGCGCAA